UCCCGUCUCGUCCAAAGAUAAGGCUAAGAAUCUCCGGCCGUCGUCGUCCUCGACCUCAAAAGCCUCUCCCCGCGCGCCGACACGGCCACGACCAGCUCGCGCUCCAGCUCGGGCCCCUGCGUCCGGCAGCCGAGGAGGCAAAUGGUGGCUCCCGCGACGCUGUCCCUCCGCCCCUGCGCGACCCUCGCGCCGUCCCGGGCCGCUGUGCCCCGCGUCGGCGGCGCGGUGUUCGUGCCCCCGCCCGCGCGGUCUCCACCCGCCGCCGUCGCCGCCGCGGCCUCGUGCUCGCCGAGGCGGCGCCCGUUGCCCCGCGCCGUGGCCGUCGACGCCGACCAGCAGGGCUCCCCCGAGCCUCCCGACCAGGAGGCGAAGCCGAAGAAGUACUACUUCUUGGUGGCGAACGCCAAGUUCAUGCUGGACGAGGAGGAGCACUUCCAGGAGCAGCUCAAGGAGAAGCUGCGGAACUACGGGGAGCGCGACAAGGAGGUUGACUUCUGGCUCGUCGUGGAGCCCAAGUUCCUCGACAGGUUCCCCAACAUCACCAAGCGCCUCAAGCGCCCCGCCGUCGCUCUCGUCUCCACCGACGGCAACUGGAUCACUUUCAUGAAGUUGAGGCUGGACAGGGUCCUAGCGGACCAAUUCGAAGCAGAAACACUCGAGGAUGCAUUGGCUUCUAACCCUGCCGAGUUGAAAUUUGAUAAGCCUGACAAUUGGACAGCUCCAUACCCUAAGUAUGAGUAUGGAUGGUGGGAGCCCUUUCUACCUCCAAAGUCCAGCAAUGGCACGGCAUAGAGAAGACCGGCAAUCCAUAUGAGUAAUGUGAGUUUUCUUCCAUGCAAGUACCCAAAUGUAAUCUAAAUAUUAACAAUGUUUAUGUAGCACUUGAGGCUUGGUGAGUACAGUUAGCUACAGUAGUUGCAGAGUUGCUGUGCUUUUUGGUAAUACCAGAUAAGCGGUGAUUUUGUUUUGGAAGAUGGUGGUUUAGCUGUGGUUGGGCCGUUGGGGUAUAAUGUUCUUCAUGAUGCACAUUGCUGUAAAUUGUACCACGGGAAAAAUGCAAUCUUCCAGGUCCUAUAUUAUUUCUGAACC